AUGGAGGGAAAUCAACAUGAAGAAUAUUCUCGCCAGUGGAAAAAGGCACAAGAAUUAGCGAACCAACAUUUGUUCAAAGCUCAAACGAAGCAGAAAAAGUAUUAUGAUGAAGGGACAAAAAGUGUCAAGUACAAUCCCGGCGAUCUGAUGGAGAAAAAGUUACUACUCUUUUGCAUUCUAACUACAUUGCAAACAACCCACACAAUCUUCUCGUCUGUAUGCGAUUGCAACUAUGUUAAAACACGAGGAAUUCUAGAUAUUAACUCACCAUACUAUUGCAAAAACCCCAGCACUAACCAUCAACCACGAUACCUAACAAAUUAUACGCUAAUGACUAAACAAAAUCCAGUAAAAACUUGGAAAGGAUGGACUUGCAAACAAUGGAUUAAGACAAAGAAAAUAACCGGAUCUUUCUGGAUAGGGUCUUUUGACACAGUUUAUUCACAGGAAACAAAAUUACUCUCAGCAAUUGAAUGCUGGGAAAUGGUAAAUAAUAAAAAAUGUGGGGGUAAUCUUAUGCAGGCAGGAACAACAACGUUGAGUUUUACAUCAACUCCUACAGGGGAAGGGAAGUGGUAUGCUAUAAAGGAAUACCAUGCAUUAAAUUGCUUAGCGGAAGAGAUAACAUUAAAACAAGAGACACCAGAAAGCUUAGUGGAAAGUCCAUUUGGAUUUUUAAACACCACUCAGCAAGAAGGGGAGUAUACACAAAAUCAUAACACCAUAGUAUGGGGAGAUAGAUCAACAAAUUCAUCAAAUUCACAAAUUAUUUUUAAAGGUGAAGGGUAUAUAGAAUUAACAAACUCAAUGGUUAAUGUAAACACUAGCCGUCUUCUAGAUAAUAACAAACAGAUAGAAAUAACUUUCUCUAACAAACCAGAUAUAAAUAAUAAAGAAUUUACCCAACCUGGAUUUAAAGUAGUAGGGAUGCCUUUAACAUUUCUUAUUUUUCCAAACCAAGUAAAUGUAGAUACAUGGUCUUGCAAUGAAUACGCAGACCCAGUAGCGAACAAAGUAAAACGGUCGACUAAUAACGAAAUUGAAUUUCUUGACAAUCGUGCUAAAAAAGAAGCUAUGGGAAAAAGACUUUACAGCAUAUCGUAUGCAUGGGGUUCGAUACGAAUGGGACAUCCUAUAAUAACAAACGUAGAAGAAAAUGGAAUAAUGACUAAAAAAGAUACAAUUGCGUAUCUCAUGAUUAAUGGUUCAUCAAUAAACACGCAAGUAUCAGUCCACAACCAAUAUGAUAUCCAAGAUCCUUUGCCAACAGGAACAAAAUUCGAAUACAUCGUAGAUCACAGCAUAAGGCUUAUGAACACUAACAUCUGCAUCGUGGCAAAUGAAAACAAUCAAAUUAUGGCAGAAAAUUACACAGGCCUGUGCAUCACCUUACAUGAUGAAGAAGAAGGACGAGUUAGAUUGGCAACACUAAAAACGUGCAGUAGACAGGGAACAAUUAGUGAAAAUCAACAAUGGGUUAUCGAAAUCCUAACAACAAACCCGGAUGUGUUGGACAAUUUCCCAGAUGCAUCCAUUGACGAAUUCGAAGAAAUCCAGUUGGAACAGAGGACAUCAGUAACAACGACCGUCAGUUCGCCAAUUUUCGGAGGAUUAUUGAAGCGGAACCAUGGGAGAGGAAACAUCAUAUGGGACAUGAUAGGAUGGGGACUAAUGAAACAUGGUAAGUCACCCGAUGAAAAAUGUUUAACACACAAUGGCGUUAACAAACCAAUAACACUCGAAGCAUGCGAUCCUAACUGGAUCAAAUGUCAAACAAGCCUACAAAAAUUAUUAACAAGUAAUGACCCCUUGGUGCAAUCACAAACAACCGUGGCUAACUGUAGCGAAGCAUCUAGCAAGGGCCAAGCCUUCGAAUAUUCCUCCGACUUCACGAUAAGACCAUUUAACACAAACAACUGCAUUAAAGCGAACACAACGAUGCUCAUCCUGCACGAAUGUUCAGAUAAAAGUUCCAUCUGGGGAACAUUCGAUCACACAGGACAAUUAAUGGCAAGUGAUAGAACAGGACUUCAUUCAGGCGCUUCGGACCGGAAAUGCCUAACAAGACGGAUCGACAAAUUAUCGUUGGGACACUGUCAUGGAACAAGCCAAAAACAACAUUUUAGCUUCGAGUACCGGAAUCCACAUCAACCUAGAACAUUGACGGCAGCAGCAAUAAUAUCUCUACAUACGCAACACGCCUUAUUUGGAAAAAAUCUACCAAUCUUGCCACCAUUAAACCAUCGUGAUCCAAAGGAGAUUAACUAUAAAACAAACGCAACGGAAGGAAUAACUAAAAAUUCGACCAUAACGACAAAGUCAGCAACAUCCAUGACUGCUACAACAGAUAAAUCAGUCAUACCUUCCAUUGCAGCCAAGGUAACAACAAGUGCGCAGACAGAAACAACAACAACAAUGAUUAGGCCGACUACAACCACAACAAAACCGACAACAACCUUCAGAACAACAACAACAAAAUCAACUACUACCACAAAAAAGCCGACAACGACCACAAAAAAUCCGACCACAACCACACAAAAACCGACCACAACCACACAAAAACCAACCACUACCACACAAAAACCGACCACCAUCAUUCAAAAGCCAAAUACUACCACACUAAAAACAACCACUACCACACAAAUACCAGCCUCUACACCCAAAUCAGCUACAACAUCAAAAUCUACGACAAUAUCAACAGAAGCAGAGAAAUUACCAACAAUAACAUCAACAACCGCAUCAACAACAUUAACUAACACAAUAAAACCAAAAUCUAACCAAGCUGAAAUUAUCUCGUCCACCGAGCCAACUAUGAGCCUAAAAUAUCUUACACCAAGUCAAAUAAGAGAACAGCCAAGCGAAACAACAACCACUGAAAUAACAAAAUCAAGGGAUAACGAAGAAGAAGAUAUAGAAAAAAUUGAGAGACAACACAAUACAACCCGAGAUAAGUCAGAAUUUCAAGACAAAAAUUCAAAUGAUCAAUUAAAGGCUUCAACACAACAAAAAGAAAAUACAGCACACGAACUUGUAGUAGAUAACUAUCGACCGCUAAAUGACGCUAAUACAAGUAACGGUCUACCAAAAUCCACUGAGAAGCUAAGUGACUUGAUAAAAUACGAGCUUGGAAAAAUGCACGAGCAAUACAAAAUCAGUAGUGAAACUGAACACGACAAUAAAUUGGCAAAAGAAAUUCGGGAUGUUUACUGCCAGUUAUCAAAGAUAAAACGAACGCAAGCCAUAAUCUUAGCCCAAACAAAUGGAUUGCUUGCAGCCGCCGCACUCGGACUUCCAAUGUGUACAAGGAUAUAUGGUUUUGGUCAAGCCAUGACAUUGCAACAAUGCGACCCAAAAAGGAUAUCACUAUCAGCAAAAGAGACCAAGUGUGGGUUCCAGCCAUUUUUUGUUUACGGAAAAAACAACUGUACGAUCGGACUCGACGGAUGGUCUAUUCAUCCGUAUUCGGAGUGCUUUUGGAAAUCCCAAUUGAUAAACAUCAACGGAUAUCCUCAUACGUGGCAACAUAACGCAACAGCAGGAGACUGGAUUAAACAAGAGGCGACCAUACAUACUUCAAAUCUGGAUUUAAUUGCAGAAUUCGAAGAACUGCACUUAAACAGUUUCGACUAUGGAUUAAGGAACCAUCCAGCUCAUGGAACCAUGGAAAUGGAACAGCUAAACAUCUUAAAUGACCUGGUGGGACGAAUUAAUGAAGGAGAAGGCAAAGAGUUACCUGACAUCCUAGUAACAGAAGAGCAGGACAACCAAAUCGGAAACAUGUUUUCCUGGUUUGACACAUUAAAAAUUAUGGCUCUCUCAGCGAUAGGAUUCAUCCUAUUUCUCAUCUGUCUAAGAAUUUUUAUUGCCUGUAAUCCUAUUCCACGGAUUAAGGAAAGCUUCAGACGACGCAAGCAAACACGUAACGUGAGCGAAAGUGAUGGUCAAGAAAUGGAUUCAAUGAUACCAGAACCCAUCUACAGCGCUGGAGGAGCAAAUGAAAAACCGUUCAUUAGGGAAUUUGCACCUUUAAUGACGUCAGCGACAGAAACACCAAAAGAAACCCUUACGUUGAUAAACACACCGAGUGCACCAAAGAAAGGAAAAUUGUAUCCUAUCGAAGAAUUAAAAUGGGAAAACGAGCAAAACAAUGAAUGUACGGGAAGUCACACGACCUGCAGCUAUGUCGUUGGCUACGGAAUGGUGUGGGAGGAUCUAUGCAGAUGUACUCCAGAAGACCAUUUAAAACGCACAAUUAACAAAUAACGAU